CCCUGAGCAUUUUCCUCUUUUCAUCUCAUCACAUUGAUCACUUCUGUGCUUUUUUCCAUUUACUUCUCUGCAUCCUCCAACUUCCUGAGAGCCUUGCGUUUUACGACAGUAUUUGCGCCUUUACGGCGCCAAGCUCUCACAACAUCAGUCAACAUGGCGGACGCGGCGGAGGGUCCCGGAACGGCGGAGGUUUUAACGGAUACCCAGGAGAGUUCAGCCGCGGGGAGACACAGCGUGGCCCCAGGCGCUGUUGGCCGGGACAAACCGGUGUGUCUCAUCGUGCUGGGCAUGGCCGGGUCCGGGAAGACCACCUUCGUUCAGAGGCUGACGGCUCACCUUCACUCUCUCAAAGCUCCUCCAUAUGUGAUCAACCUGGACCCUGCCGUCCACGAAGUCCCUUUCCCUGCAAACAUCGACAUCAGGGACACUGUGAACUACAAGGAGGUGAUGAAGCAGUACGGCCUCGGACCAAACGGAGGCAUCGUGACAUCACUCAACCUGUUCGCUACACGCUUCGAUCAGGUGAUGCAGUUCAUAGAGAAGAAGCAGCAGAAUCACCGGUAUGUGCUGAUUGACACCCCGGGUCAGAUUGAAGUCUUCACCUGGUCCGCGUCUGGAACCAUCAUCACGGAGGCUCUGGCGUCUUCCUUCCCCUGUGUCGUCAUCUACGUAAUGGACACGUCCCGCAGCGUCAACCCUGUCACCUUCAUGUCCAACAUGCUGUACGCCUGCAGUAUUCUCUACAAGACCAAGCUGCCUUUCAUCGUCGUCAUGAACAAGACUGACAUCAUCGACCACAGCUUUGCAGUGGAGUGGAUGCAGGACUUUGAGGUUUUCCAGGACGCUCUGAACCAGGAGACCUCGUACGUGAGCAACCUGACGCGCUCCAUGAGUCUGGUGCUCGACGAGUUUUACACCAACCUGAGGGUGGUGGGUGUGUCCGCGGUGACAGGCAGCGGAUUGGACGAGCUGUUUGCUCAGGUGGAGGAUGCCGCUGAUGAGUAUGAGAGGGACUAUCGACCUGAAUACGAACGGCUCCGCAGACAGCUGGCUGAGGCUCAGAACAAGAAGCAACAGCAGCAGCUGGAGCAGCUCAGGCGGGACCUGGGAGCCGUCGACAUGACGACCACACCUUCAACAGAGGAAGCUGACAUGGUUGGGCCCAGUGACCUCAUCAUGACCCGCGGUAACCCUGACGAGGAGGAGGAGGUGGAGGAGGAGGAGCUGGACAGCGACACGGACGACAUCGACCACAUCGCCACGGAGGAGAGCAAAGAGGCCGACGCUUUUGGAAACUUCCUGACUGAGAGGAAGGAAGUGGUUCAGGUCCGAAACAGAAAGCAUGCAAUGCCUGAGGGCCCCUGACCUCUGACCUCUGUAGUGUGACAUCGAACUCUGCCAGGACAGGAAAGCACCAGAGAAAGACUGAAAGAUAAUGAGGGAACUACGAAACCUCCCACAGGUUUCCCUCUGUGUGGUGCUGACUAUCACCUGGAACACAACCUGUGGACACUCGGUGGAUUCCUCCGUCGAUGAUGGGUUUUUUGAGAGAUUCAGAUGCGAAAUCUGAAGUGUUUGAGCUGAACUUCCUGUCUGAUCAGGUGACCUCUGACCCUGUGACUUUGGUCAUUCAGUUAAGCUGGUUUGCUGCUCCUCAGUGUCGCUCCUUCCCCAUGAACAAAACUUAUAUUUUUGUAUCAGAAAAGUCUUCUGUCCUGCUUCUCGCUUUUUUUGUUGACUUGUGUCUGUGAAAGCACUGAAAGGAUGUGUGAUCUACAAAAUAAAAGUGAGCUUGUAGUUCA